AUGCCAGACGCAUUCUUCUCGUCUACAAAACCACGGAAGCGGAAAAGGACACAGUCUGUUGGCGGCGCAGAUAGGUCCUCGCGUCCUGCGAAGAAACAAGCAAAACCAGAUGCCCACUCAAGAGGCAAACGCGUCAAUGGUCCGUCGAAGGUGAACGGCGGCAAGCAAAAGAAGAGGCAGGAUGAAGAGCUGCACUCUGACCGAACCGAUGAAUCAGACGGGGGAGGAAUCGAUGAUAUGGACUUGCGUGCAGCAUCCGAAGAAGCGCACAGCGGCGACGAGUACGCGGAUGAGACUCCAGCAGACAAGAGGCUUAGGCUGGCCCAGCUGUACCUCGAGUCGGUCAAAAAGGGCCUCGCUGAUGGUGAAUUUGAUGCGAAGGAAAUCGACAAGGAAUUGAUAUCCGCGAGGUUGAGACAAGACGUAUUAGAGCACUCUGGAAAGGUGCAUCAGUUUAUCGCGAAUUCUUUCAACUUCGAAGACCCUCCACAGUCAUCCAUGAAAACGAGAGGCCAUCGUUUGUCUGUAACAUCCGCCGUCGCUGCCGAAUCUGCGAGGUACCUGUUCACGUCCGGAAAAGAGGGUCACAUAAUUAAGUGGGACAUGACGACAGGGAAGAAGCUAGCUACUCUGUUUAAGGUGCGCUCUAAUGGGAAGGGAAAGGGUAAGGCUCCGCCAGCGGGCGAUGUUAAAGGGCACACGGAUGAGGUGCUUGCCCUGGCCCUCAGUUCCGACGGAAAAUACCUAGUGAGUGGAGGAAGAGAUAGGAGGGUGGUCGUCUGGGACGCUGAGAAGGCCGAGUGGAUAAAAUGUUUUACUGGCCCAAUGUGCCACAGAGAUGCUGUAUCCUCAUUAUCUUUUCGCAAAGCGACACAUCAACUUUAUUCAGGCUCUUUUGAUCGCACGUUAAAAGUCUUCGAUCUCACACCAUCUGUAAUGGGGUAUGUCGAGACCUUGUAUGGUCAUCAAGACCACGUUCUUUCCGUCGACGCUCUUCGCUUGGAGACUUGUGUUAGUGUGGGUGCUAGGGAUAAGACGGCGAGGUUCUGGAAGAUUGUCGACGAGACGCAGCUAGUGUUUAGAGGUGGCGGAAGGAGUAAGGUCAGAGAGAUGCUAGAGGGCGGGUUACGGGGUGAUGAUGAUGGGGAGGACAACACGAUGGACGUUGACGGACGUUCUACGAAACGAAAAGGAAACGAAGCCCAGAAGUUCAUCGAGGCCAGCUUAGAAUGCAUAGCCAUGAUUGACGAGUCGACUUUCGUUAGUGGCGGUGAUAGCGGCUCGAUAAGUCUGUGGAGUACUACGAAAAAGAAGCCGAUAUUCACUCAACCUCUCGCCCACGGACUCAACGAGGCGCAAUCGGAAACUGAAGGAGUCAUACAAACACCUCGUUGGGUGACCGCUUUGGCAAGUCUGCGAUAUUCAGAUAUAUUUGCGUCAGGAUCCUGGGAUGGCGACAUACGCAUAUGGAAGCUCGACCCAAAACUCAAAUCCUUCGAGCUUGCUGGCAAACUGUCUCUUCCAGGCGUCAUCAACUCUCUUCAACUUCUCUCACCGCCCAAAGGGUUCCUAUCGAGUACUUCAUGGCUAGCAUCGCAAUCAUCAUCGCAACCGGACGAGCAGGUAACGGCUACCCGUCUGUCAAAAAAUAAAAUUGGUGUACCCGAGUCAAUACUACUCAUCGUUGGCGUGGGGCAGGAGCACCGACUUGGGAGGUGGCUGUCUGUAAAGGAGGGCUCCUUUAACGGUUCAUAUGUCGCAGUAUAUUCACCUCGGACGCUAAACUAG